AUGGCUGACGCUCUCAUCUCCGACGUUGUGGAACAGCUGAUCAACAUCCUGAAUCACCAAGCCCAGGAGCUAAAAAGAACUUUGGGUGUGAAGAAGGAGAUCAAAAACCUCUCAUCAAAGCUGGAGAAAGUCAGGGAGGUAUUGGCUGAUGCAGAGAAGAGAAGCUUUAAGGAAAAUGGCAUCAAGCUCUGGAUCGAAGAUCUCAAAGACUUCUCCUACGAAGUGGAUGAUGUUCUGGACGAGUGGAGAACCAGAACUCUGAGACACCAGAUCGAGAGCCCAGAGGUAAGUCGCAGCUCUUUCAUGCCUAUGUGUAUCCCAUUCAAAAGGUUUGUUGUGCAUCGAGACAUCGCCAAUAAAAUAAAGGAGCUUGAUUCAACACUUGAUCGGAUUACGAAAGAGAAAGAUCAGUUCAAAUUUGAUUGUGCAUCUGUAACACACACUUGUGCAGCAUCAUACUCUGAUCAUCAAGAAUUGAUGCGAGUCACCACUGCGUUUGAUGUGCAUGAGUCAGAGAUUCAAGGUAGGAAAUCCGAUGCCAGUGCUUUAAUAAGCAAGUUAGUGGAGAAUUCUGGAGAAGAAGAAGCAAGAAAUGGAAAUGGGCCCCCUGUCAUUUCCAUAUUGGGCGCGGGAGGGAUAGGGAAAACUACCCUUGCUCAACUAGUCUUUGGUGAUGAACAGAUAAAGGCUCAUUUUGAGGAAAAGGUAUGGAUUUGUGUUUCCAACCCUUUUAACCUGUUCGACAUUGCAAAAGCCAUUGUUGAGUCAACCACUAAAAGCUCCACAGAUCUGUCUCAAUUGCAUGUAUUACUGGAAAAAAUCCAGAGCAUUUUGUCUGGAAAAAGGUUCCUACUUGUGAUGGAUGACGUGUGGACAGAGCAGUCUGCAAAGUGGGAGCCAUUGAAGAACUCUCUCAAGGAUGGACUCCCCGGGAGUAGAAUCUUGGUGACCUCAAGGAGUGAGAGGGUUGCUAGAAUGAUGGGAAGUGCGUAUCUGCAUCAGUUGGAUCUAAUAUCUGACGAGGAAGCUUGGUUGUUGCUUAGCAGGAAAGCAUUUUUCGAGAGAAGAGAAGAGGAUUGUGAGAAACUGAAAGAUAUUGGUCAGAAAAUUGCUCAAAAGUGCAAAGGACUCCCGCUUGCUGCUAAGGUCAUGGGAAGCCUACUACGUUUCAAAGACACUAGAGAUGAUUGGCAAAAUGUUUUAGACAAUAAAAUUUGGGAGUUGGAUGAAGUGGUAACUGACCUCUUCCCUCAAUUGUAUCUAAGCUACAAUGAUUUGACCCCAAAGAUGAAGCAAUGUUUCUCAUACUGUGCUGUCUUUCCCAAAGAUGACGUAAUAGAGGUAGAUAAGCUCAUCAAAAUUUGGAUGGCACAAAGUUAUGUGACGGUGGAAUCAAAAGGCAGGGAGUUAUUUGAGGGUUUAGCAAUGCGCUCUUUCUUCCAAGAUUUGGAGAAAGAUUCCAACAUUAUCAAAUUUUGCAAAAUGCAUGACAUAGUGCAUGAUUUUGCCCAGUUUCUUACCAGAAAUGAAUGCUACAGUAUUGACCAGCACGAGGGUAAGGUCGGAAUUAAAAAUCUACGUCAUCUGUCAUGGCCGAGAACUAGAGGGAAUAUGAAUCUCACUGCUUCCAUUUGUGAUGUUGGAAAACUUCGCAGCUUUUUUGCUCAAGGCCUUUCUCUCAAAAAACUUACUCCUGAUUUGUUCAAUGGUUUGAAAUCUGUGAGAGUAUUAAGAUUGCAUUGCCCUGAGUUGGUAGAACUUCCAAAGGAGAUAGGAAAUUUGCUUCAUCUAAGGUAUAUUGAUUUAAGUUGGAGCAGCGUAAAGGAGUUACCGGAUGCAAUUUGCUCUUUGUAUAACUUGCAAACUUUAGAUCUUAAGGGAUGUACCAGUCUUUCCAGACUACCCAAAGGGAUUGGCAAUUUGAUAAACUUGAGACACCUUAACAUCAGAGACACCGAUAGUCUGGAGAUGAUGCCCCAAGGUAUCGCACAGCUAACUCAGCUUUGUAGUUUAAGUAAGUUUAUUGUGGGGAAAGAGUCAUGUAAGUUGGGAUACAUGGAGAAGCUGAACCAACUCCAAGGGGAGCUGUCCAUAUUAUUUUUGUGCGAUUUGUAUAAUGUAGCAAAUGUGGAGGAAGCAGAGAAAGCAGAAUUGAGAAACAAGAAGCACAUCAAAGAAUUGUGUUUGCAUUUCAGUCCGGGAGUCGAUGUGGGAAUAGAUGUGAUGGAAGCUUUGAAACCACCUCUAGAACUGCAAACCUUGAAAUUUUGUUUUUACGGAGGAACCCACUUCCCUUCUUGGAUUACACUGUCCCUUGAUAAUCUACGGAGUCUUAAUAUUGAGUGGUGCUCUAAUUGUUCAUCUUUGCCUCCAUUAGGCAAACUCCCUUCUCUGGAGACUCUUGAGAUAUCAGAAAUGGAAGAGCUAAGAUAUGUAGGUAGUGAGUUUUUGGGAGUGGCAGAAGUAGGUGGUGUUGCUUUUCCAAAGCUGAAGAAAUUGGAAUUCUCCAAUUGUGGCGAGUGGGAGGAGUGGGAAGACUUCAAAGAAGAAGCAACAAUAAUAAUAAUGCCAUGCAUCAGGGAGUUGGUACUAAAAAAUUGCGAAAAACUUAAGACAGUGCCACAUCACCUCUUAAGUAAGCUGGAGUGUUUGGAGAUUGAAGCCUGUCCGGGAGUCAGUGUGGGAAUAGAUGCGAUGGAAGCUCUAAAACCACCUCCGGAACUGCAAGACUUGUACUUUCUUGGGUACAAAGGAACACGCUUACCUUCCUGGAUUACACUGUCCCUUGAUAAUCUACGACUUCUUAGUAUCGGGUGCUGCUCUAAUUGUUCAUCUUUGCCUCCAGUAGGCAAACUCCCUUCUCUGGAGACUCUUUGGAUAUGGGAAAUGAAAGAGCUAAGAUAUGUAGGUAGUGAGUUUUUGGGAGUAGCAGAAGUAGGUGGUGUUGCUUUUCCAAAGCUGAAGAAACUAGAGUUCUCGAAUUGUCCCGAGUGGGAAGAGUGGGAAGACUUCAAAGAAGAAGCAAUAAUAAUAAUAAUGCCAUGCAUUAGGGAGUUGGAACUAAAAAAUUGCAAAAAACUUAAAGACAGUGCCAUAUCACCUCUUAAGUAG